AUGAGAUUUAUCAAAAUCAUACAUCUUUUAGGAUUAGCAAAAUUAAAGCUAUUCUUUGAUAAAAUAGAGGAUGCUAUUUAAUUAAACAUCAUGCUCUCUACAAUAGUUAGCUUUGUUAAAUUGAGUUAGUUUGUAUUAUUUUGGUCUCGUUGGUUAGGAUGCAUAUUCCAUAAUAUUACUGUCAAAGAAGCUUCUCAAGACAAUUGGCUUCAUUAUUAUGGCAUAUAUGAAGAAGAUUGGUCAGCUAGAUACAUCAAUUCUCUCUACUGGGCUUAUACAACAAUUUAUACAGUUGGCUAUGGAGACUUCUCCCUUAGAACUUCUUUGGAAAGACUAUUUGGAAUAUUCUUUUUGAUUAUUGCCACUGUAGUCUUGUUACUUCAAAUCGCAUUGGUUGAUAAAAAGGCUGAAAUUCGUAAAAAGUCAAAUUAAUCGCGUUAUAGAAUAAAGUAAAUAAAUACCUCACUUUUAUUUGGGAACAAGAGGCUAUCUUUAAUCUUGAAAAUAUAACCGAUAAUCUAUUUUAUGCUCACAAAUUUGAAUUUGAAAUCCAGUUAAUGGUACUACAUGUCUUUAAGUACUUUCACUAAAUCAAAUUGUAAUGAGAAAUGUCACAUAUUAAUUUCCAUAUUCAACUGUACAAUUUUAGGCUAUUAUCCUCUUUAAAGAUGUAAUUUUAAAAUGACAUUCCUCGAAUAGGUGACAAAGACCUUCAAAUAAUACACAGCUUUAUAUAUAGAAUUCAUUUUCUUUGAGAAUGAACCCAUAACAACAGAAAAGCAUCUCUAUUUAAUUCAAAGUGGAAAUAUUGAAAUUAUUUUACAAAGAUGCAAUCAGAAAUUCAAUAAACUUGAAUAUAAAGGACUAUACUGGUUUCUUUACAGGAUUAUCUUUUACAGCAUCUUUUACAUCGAUAAGUCGUUGUUUUAGCAAUUAUUGAAAUCUAAUCAAAUUGAUUUACUAUUAAAAUUAUAGAUAAAAUUAUAGGAAAGAUUUCAUUAAAUCAAAAAUGAAAUAAAAUUUAAUAAGGGUUAUCAUCAAUUUAAUGCUUUUGUUAUGACUGUCUUAGAGAUGGUCAAACAGUAAAAGUAAUGGAUUGUCCAGAUAUGCAUUUGA